AUGGGGUGCUGGUGCUCGACAGCGAAUCCGCCUCAACAAAGCAACUCGGCGGAAAGCCCUUUCACAUCGUCGGCAGGAAUAGCGCCAGCACGAACGUCCAAUGUGCUGGGAACUGCCAAGUCAUCCUUCCAACUAGCUGACCAGAAUCUCCUAUUGACCUUACGCUCCAAUCGAGACCUUUUUGACCCGAGCUCCAUUGUGGACUCCGGAUGCAGUAUUCCAAAAGAACCUAGCAUUCCAUCUGGGGGAACUGCACCUGGUCAAGAAACUUCGCGCCAGGACCAGCGGCCAUCGACUGGCUUCUGGCAACUACCAAUAAUACAUUCCACAAAUGCCGGUUGCACACUUCAGCCGCGAAACGGCGACUUCGAGGACCACGCUGGGCAAGACCUCUUAGCAGAUGACCCUGAUGGCGAGUUAGUCUGCGGGGCUGCGUCCCCGGCCAUCGACGUACCAGCCGCAGGUGCUGACCCUGGCACAUUGAUAACCGGUGGUGACACUGCCCGCGACAGUGAUGUCCUCGACGAACUUGGCAACGACAGCGACAGCAAUCUUCUCAAGUCCUCCCAGAACCUGCUGCAAUCGGUCGUACCUCUGCUGCUCAGCCCGUCUACCGCUCCCGCCACCGCGGCGGCCCAACACACUUGUAUCGGUGGGCCACAGGCAAUCGCCGGUAGUGGCGGCGGAGACGAUGCCUCCAACGCAGCCCCGCAGUGUUUCACGCCUGCAGCAGCAUCCCUUCCCAGACCGGGCACCGCGGCCACCGCCACCGCCGCAGUUCCCCCAUUCCCACAUCCCGGCGGCACGUCGGAGAGCAUGCAGUUCACCGCAUUCACCACCACCACCGGCGGGGGAGGCGGAGGCGGCGGCCCUGCCGCCACCGCCAUGGGGAGGCGGCCCGCCUUCAUCCGCGGCCUCACGCGCGACUCAUUCUUGAUGAACAACACCACCACGGGCGGCAAUACGGCCUGCAGCGGCUACAUGCUGCGCACCGGUACGGGACGUGGGGGGGAGAUGGUGCUGCAGGCGGACGCCAACUGGCUUCCAUUCCAGAUGGGUAACCCGCUGCAGGUCCAGAUCGGCGAGUUGCUGGGCCGUGGUGGCUGUGGGUCUGUGUAUCGAGGCCAGUGGCGCGGCCGCCCCGUCGCCGUCAAAGUGGUGCAACAAAUCGUGGCGCCGCCGGCUGGCGCGGCCGCUGCCACCGCUGCCGCCGCCGCCGCCACCAGCGGCGGUGAGGCAUGUUCUGCGGCGGCGGUGCCGCCACCGGUCAUUACGCCGCUUGUAGACUAUUUUGAUUCGUCUGAUGGACGAAGCCAGCGCGACAAUGUGAGGAACAUUUGUACGGACGACGGUGACGGCACCUUUGCGGCUCGUGCGCCGUACCUUCCCGACGCGCAUGCCUCCGUCAAGCGCCUCCGCCACCCUAAUGUCCUGCGGACGUUCGCUUACGCGGUACUUAGCGCGGCCCCGCAGCUUGGCGGCGUACUGCCAGCUCGUCACGAGCAUCACGUGGUUCUGGAGCUAUGCGACGGCGGCAGCCUGCGCGACUGGCUGGACCAGUUGCUUCAAGCUGGCGGCGCCGGCGAUUGCAAGGAAUGUCGUACAAUGACGACGCAGCCGGUGCCGGCAGGUAGAGAGAACCAGCCGGAUCCGCCGCGCCCCGGCGGCAAUGGCGGCGGUGGCAUGGAUGCGGACGCGCUGGCGGCGGCACGGGUGGCGGCGCGUAAUCCCUUUGAACGGGCGCCGGCGCAAGCGUGUUGCACGAAACGUGAUACUGCUAGUGGUCCGAAGGGGGAACCGAUCCUGGAGGAGCGCAGGCAUGCGCUUAUCCUGGGGCUGCAGCAGCAGCAGCAGCAGCAGCAUAAAUUGCAGCACAUUGCCGAAGAACAGCAGCAUAUCGAACCGCAGCCAUCUGGCCAUGUGCAGCUUGACCCACACCGCAUGGAACCGCCACCACCGAUGCAGCACGAUGCUCUUCCGCCGAUGUCACAACAGCCACAGCAGGUAACACCGCCACCGCCGCUGCAGGAGCUACAGCCGCGGCAGCAGGUACUGCCGCCGCCGCUACCACCACCAUCGCCAGCACAGCUGCAGCAGCAGCAUGCGGCGCCUCCUCCGGCUCCAGCGUGUUUGGUGGCCGCCGAGGAUUGUUCGGGAACUGGCAGCGGCGGCGUAAAACGACUGCCAGCGGCAGCAGCGGCAGCGGGAACGUCGUCAGGGGUUUCGUCCGGCGGGGAAGGGGCUCCGGCGUUGGCGGAAGGACUUCCGUCCUGUACGACAGUGCAGUGCGGACCAGCAUUCGCAGCCGUCGAUGGCGACGACGCGGCGCCACCUGCUUUUGCGCCGCUGCCGGCGGCGGUACGGCAGUGCUCGCUGGCUGGCGGCAGAGAGUCGACGUCCGGGACCGUUUCCCGUCGCCUGCCGGGCCUUACGCCAGCCCAAUCAGAGCAGCUACAGCUCUUGGGAAUGGACUGGGUGUCAGAUAGUCAGUUGGGAAUAGAACUGUACUGCCGGCAGUCGGCUGGUGGGCGGGUUAACGGUGGCGGCGGCGGCAGCGAGGCUGGCGGCGUCGUGGCGUCGUCGAUGUCGGACCCCAGCGCUGGCAUGGAGGGCGUCGUAGGGCUGGACGCCGGCGGCUGUGGCGGCGGUGACGGAGAGGGCGGUAAUGUGCUGCUGCAGCGGCCGUCGGCACCGGCGCCGCCGCUGGCGGCGCCGACGGAGGUGGGUGAGCUGGCGGCGGAUUGGGUGGACGCGACGCUGCGCGACUCCCCCAACGGUUCCUUUUGCUCCGGAGCCGCUUCCACUAUGGUGCGUCCAGAAAGCAGCAGCUGCGUUGGAUUCCAUGCCGUACAACAGCACUGUGUGGUGCUUGAUGAUAACCUUGACGACGACGAUGACGACGGCGGCGGUGGUGGCGGCGGUGGUAGCUUGUACAACGGCAGCGGCGGCGGCGGCAACGCGGAGUUGUUUUCUGAGUUACGGCUUCAUCAUCAGGGGGGCCGGUUGGGUUUGGUGGAGGAGGGGUCAGGGGAGGGCCGUCAAAGCUCAAUGAGCAGAUGCGGCUCCGCCGCCGCCACCGCCUCCUCCACCGCCGCCACAACGACGCCCACAGAUACGACCGGCAUGGCCCGCGUGGAGGGUCUUUCCUUUCGUCGCGAACCCACAGACGCGAGCACCCUCAGCAGCAGCGGCGCCGCCGCCGCCGCCACCGCCGCCUCCACCGCCAUCUCGUCGGGAGUGCCGCCACCGCCGUCGCCAUCCCAGCUGCCGCCGCCGUACACGCUUCGAACAACAUUACCGACGGAGGUGUCCAAGGAGCCAUUACCGUCGCUGGUGACGUGGGGCCGUACGACAGCGGCGGCCGCGGCGGCGGCGGCGAUGCCGUCACGGCUAGGACCCAUCUCCCCAGCGGCAAGCAAUGUCGCCGCUGGGGCUGCAGAGACAUGGGGCGCGCUGGGGGCAGCUGCUCAGCUGUACGGCAAAGAGUCCCCGCAGCCGCAACCGCUCAAUGGCGAGUGUGAUACGAGCACAGUUACGACGCUGCUGAAUCGGAGGGCUGUGGGAAUGGUGAACUCAAUCCUGCGGGCCGCCGGCGUCAACGUCGGCAUCGGCGGCGGCGCAUUGCCGGUGGCGGCGGCAUCGACGGCGCCAUCGCCGCCGCCGGUGGACCCGAUGAAUCCUGCUCAACUGCGCCACCUGGUCACGGCUCUGGAUUGCCUUGCGGAGAUUGCGUCAGGGCUGUCGUACUUGCACGGCGUCGGCAUGGUGCACGGGGAUGUGAAGAGCGGCAACUUGUUACUAAAACUGGACCCCCGACAUCCCCGGGGCUUUGUACUCAAACUGGCCGACUUUGGGUUUUCAAGGGUUUUAGAGCACGGCUCCCACACGUACCUGUCACGGCCCAGCGGCACCCUCGCCUACCUGUCCCCGGAGAUGGUCACGUCGUACCGCCAGUCAGCGGCGGCGGACCAGUACGCGUUCGGUUUACUGGUGUGGGAGGUCGUCACCACACAGCCGCUCUUCCGAGGACUCAAAACUCCGCAGAUGCUGUACGCCAAGACCCACAACGCCGACUGGCAGCACCUGGUCUGGCCGACCUGGUGCCCCGAGGAGGUGCGGUCCCUGGCCCGGCGGUGCGCCGACCACCACCCGGCGGCGCGGCUCACUGCGGUGGAGGCCCGGGAGCAGCUGGAGGCCUUGAGGGUGCAUUACCAGAGCUUACUGUCCGGGGGCCGGAGCUCAUCGGGUGGCGGCGCUGCUGGUGGCGCUGCUGGUGGUGUUGGGGGCGCUGCUGGUGGCGGUUGUUAA